AUGGUCGUACAGACUUGCAUGCGGCACCCGCGCCCGUCGUAUCGGCCGUGGUUCGACCUCGCUCUGCCGUGCCUGGCACUCGUCGCUAUGAUUGCGUUGCUGAGCCCCACGGUGCAUGGGCAGGCCAUGUCGCUGGAAAGCGAAGCCCAAAACGAUGGGCUGGAUGUGCCCUUGGUUCGGCCAAUGUCCGCGCCAUCCAGUUCGAAACACAGCAUUGGACUCGAGGCGGAUAUGGUCGACCGGACAGAACAGUUGAUCUAUGCACAAUCUUGGAAGACAAUCUCGUCUGUGUCCUUACACAAAGAUGAAUCCAAUUCAACUGCCGAGUCCAGACCUUUGCUUCCCCUGAACUGGAUUCGCAGACACUUGGGAACAAAGUCGCCAUAUCCGCAUCAGGACAGGCCGGUAGGCCCUCUCACGGACACUCCUGCGGGCUAUGAACUCGCGCAGUUACACUUGAUAUGCAGACAUGGUACAAGGUACCCGAGCUCCUCCAACGCAAUUGCCUUUCAGACAUUGGCUGAAAAACUUGAGCGGGUGGUCGUGCCGGGCCUCGAAUGGCUCCGGAGCUGGUCAAGCGAAAAGCUGUACCCUGUCACUAAGGGAAACCUCCUGUCGGCCAAAGGAGAUUCAGAUCUAUAUCAGAUCGGAAGUCGGUUUGCUAUCAGGUACAAGGAUUUCCUUGACCGAUAUCCCUACGAUGCCAACACCUAUGAAUUCCAGAGCUCCUCCAAAUCAAGAUGCAGCCAGUCCGCUUAUGGAUUUUCUGUGGGCAUUUUGCAGGGCCGCCAUGUAAACGAUCCAGGCGCAGAAGGACAGAUGCCCCCAGUGCAACCUGUCGACAUUUUCACGCUUCCAAUGGGUCUAGACAAAGAGAUGGCGAUGAAGUACGCGUGCCCUCGCUGGCUCGAGAGCGUCAGAGAUGGUCCUAAUGUGCUGCGUGAGGCACGAUCGUUCCAAGAAAAGUUCCUGCCUGAUUUAGCGAAGCAGCUCUCGACCAUGCUGAAUCCAAAGGAUGGCCCUAAUAUCGUCAAUAUUACCGUUAAAGAUGUGGGGACCAUCUACGGAAUUUGCGGUUUCGAGGUGGCAACUUACGACAACGAUCGGACAUGGUGCCAACUACUACAUCGAGGCACUAUGGGAGCAUCGUCGGACAACCUAGGAUCCUCGAAAUCGAACUUUUUGAAGUUAGAGAUUAAUAGUGAUUUGCGUGAUUACUAUACCCAUGGUCCUGGGGUUCCGUUCAAUCGACAUCUCGGUUGCAUGCUCGGCACCUCUUUGGUCAAUUCGAUCGAAAUGGCGCUGGAUCCGAAUGCAGAUAAUAUUGCUGCAAAUAGAAAGGGCGAUGACGAUGAUGAGGGCAACGGUCUAUUCCGAGGACUCUUCAAGUUUGGACACUCAGAAACAAUUCUCUUCUUCUCAAGCUUCCUGGGCUUGUAUGAUCGGAAUGGAAUACCUCUAAAAGGUGAUAUGACUGCGGAGGAGUACGAGAAGAGAGAAUUCCGCUCCAGCAAGAUCUCACCCUUUGCUGCCAAUAUGGCUUUCGAGGUAUAUAGACCCAAGCCCAAUAGCACAUCAGGAAAGAGACGCCUCGCGUACGAUGAUGGGUCAUCAUAUCCGCCUAUGAAAUCAGAUACGCCAAGAGGCCUAGUGCGGUUGUUGGUCAACGAGCUGCCCAGUGUCAUCCCCGGCUGUGGAUCUGAUUACUUUUGCGAGUGGGCGACCGUCAAGGAGAUAUUUCAGCGUGCUGGAGCUGGGUGUAAUUUUGAUGGAUGCUGCACUAGCCUUGACCCUUCAGCAGGCCCUGAUGCCAUCUCGUGGAAGAUGUUUGGAGCUGUGGAGGCUGCCAAUCCUGCGCCAGUCUGCUUGACAGUAGAGCCGGUUGUUUGA